UGUCGCAUGCUUUUCUGACCAGCUGUAGGUAAAAAGCCAACACAGACAGGUGGAAGGAAACGCGCAGUGAAACGUCCCAAUUAAUGUCAUGUAUUUUUUCCAGUAGACAAAAUGAAUCAAGAAAAACUGGCUAAACUUCAAGCCCAAGUCCGAAUAGGGGGCAAGGGAACGGCACGAAGAAAGAAGAAGGUUGUUCACAGAACGGCAACCGCAGACGACAAAAAACUUCAGAGCUCGUUAAAGAAACUUGCUGUGAAUAACAUUGCAGGCAUUGAGGAGGUAAACAUGAUCAAGGAUGAUGGUACAGUGAUCCACUUCAAUAACCCCAAAGUGCAGGCUUCUUUGUCGGCAAACACGUUCGCCAUCACAGGCCAUGCAGAGACCAAGCAGCUGACAGAGAUGCUUCCUGGCAUCUUAAGUCAACUAGGUGCAGACAGUCUCACGAGUCUGCGCAAACUUGCUGAGCAGUUCCCCAGACAAGUUCUUGAAAACAAAGCCCCUAAAGCAGAAGACAUCGAUGAAGAGGAUGAUGAUGUUCCAGAUCUGGUAGAGAACUUUGACGAGGCAUCAAAGAAUGAGGCUAACUGAUUGCACAUCAUUAACUGGUACUGCAGUUCAGGACAGAGCCUGUUGCAGUAUUUUUAAAUGCGAAAACCGACAUAUCAACACUAUCCAAUGAACCAGAGACUUUUGUAUUUUAAAUUGGCUCUCGUGCCCAGAUAAUGCUCCUCAGUCAGUCUCUUGCACUUAAACAAGAUGAUGGUAACAUUAAGAUAUGGCUUAAGGUUCUGAACGAAUACGAUAUUGUUGAUCUUGAUCACGAUUGACUGAAAGCUAGUCUUAAUUAUUUUUGUCAGUGAAACAAUAAAUAUUCAAACCUUU